CCCUUCCACUCAUCCAAGAACCUUCUCCGAUCGCGACAGCAGGACAUCGAAGAGCCGAUACCACAGUGUAAUUACUAAGAGGAGACCUGAGGAGGUUGGGAGACACACGCUGCCUCUAACUACGUCGUGGCCGGAGCGCUUAAUAGUUUGCAAAAGAGUCCGAAAGUGCGACCUCGAUUGGAAUGCCCCGCGUUGGAAAAUAAUUUCGAUUAUUAAUUGGAUUUUGGAGUUGUGAAUAAGUGCAAGAAGAGGCGCGAAGGUUCAGAAGAAGCUCUCCUUUCGAGGAAGACGUAUAUUUUUUACAUCAGGAAUUGAUGAUGGAGAAAGCGUCACUGUUGCUGUCUAUUGUCAUCUUAAUUAUACAGUGCCCACCCACCAUUCCUGUUACUGUGUUUACCAGCCGGCCCAAGGUGGAAGUCCGUGAAGGUGCAGAUGCCGUUCUCUCCUGCGAGUUCAAGACGGAGAAAGAGCAGAACCCGCGCAUCGAGUGGAAGAAGAAAGACACGGACGUGUCAUUUGUCUACUUUGAAGGCGACUUCAGAGGAAACUUUGCCGGACGAGCGGAGAUUGAGGGGGCAACGGUGACGCUGAGGCGGGUGAGCCAGAAAGACGCCGGCCAAUAUCGCUGUGAGAUCAGCGCCCCUUUAGACACUUUGACCCUGGGAGAGACCAACAUCACCCUCAAAGUUCUGGUGCCCCCACACACCCCGUCUUGUGACAUCCCCAGCUCAGCGCUGACGGGCUCUGUGGUGCAGCUGCGCUGUAGGGACCGUCAGAGCAUCCCCCCUGCCACCUACUCCUGGUACAAGGAUGACCAGCCCCUGGUUCCCUCCCACUUAGCCAACGCCACCUACAAAAUCAACCCUAUGACGGGCAUCCUGGAGUUUAGGACGGUGUCCAGGACAGACACUGGACAGUACAGUUGUCUGGCCUCAAAUGGAGUGGGACCAUCCAAGAUGUGUGAGGGAAAACGCAUGAAGAUAGAUGAUGUCAACAUCCCAGCGGUCGUAGCUGCAGUUGUGGUGAUAUGCUUGGUCGCCAUCUGUGGAGUUGGAGGCUUCUAUGCCCACCGCAAUGGCUAUUUCACCAGGCAAAAAGGACGGUCAUUUUGGAUCCCCCAGUGUCACGGUGUGGCCCACAUCAGCAGCCAGAACCUCCACAGAACAGAGGACAUGCCCAACACCAACUACUGUGCUCCUCCACAAAAUCCUCAAGACUUCAAACACACUCAGUCAUUCAUGCUGUGAGGAUCCAGCCAUCUCCAGACACUGCUUCAGGUUCAUAUUGCUGUGCCAACACUGGAUGAGUCUUCAUUGAUGUUCCUUGAAGUUGUUUCUCUUGCCCAGUCACUCUUCUCUCCUCAUGGAGUUUAAAAAUAGACACCUCGUCAAGGCAACUUAGCCUUCUCUGCCUGUCUGGGAAAACAAAGCCUGUUUCCCCCCCUUGUGAAGUUACAUGGAACUCUCACCCCCACUGGUGGCUAAAUAUGAAAAGUCUUUAUCCCCCUCCAUUGGCCAAAACAUGAACUACAAUUUGGGGAACCAAAAACUGAAAUGUUUUUGGGAUACAACAUGUAAAGUUGUGGACAUGAGGGAACCACAGUGUACAGCACCACCACCUUAAAAUCGUAUUCCUCUGCUUUAAACGCAUCAGGUUCUUAACUGGGACAUACUGUAAAUGUUUUGAAGCCGCCAUUUAAGCUUAUUAAGAUCCCUUGUGACCUGUAUGUGCCUGCAUGGUCUCUGAUAACCUGUGCCUUUCGCUUUGGGUUUACCUUAUUUUUCUAUUUCUUUGUCAAAAUUUGCCUUACUUGCAUUUUAAGUAUUAUUAUGCUACUGUGUUCUCCGAAGUGUGUGUCUGUAUACCUGAGUGUAUGUUUUCUAGAUAAAGUAUGGAUGAGUUAAGUUUGUUCCUUAUGAUAUGCACUCAAUUAAAGAGUCGUUUUUCUUAUCAAACAGCAAA